CGGGGGUGCCGGGCACAGCCUCAGAUUCCACCUUCCCGGCUGCUCCAGUCAGUUUCCCUCGCGGCAGCCGCGGGCAAAGGCAGCCGCGGCGAGCAGCAGCAUCUCGGCGGUCACCGCGGCUCUCCGGCUGGAGCGGGCGCCCGACUGAGCUGCCCCUCGCCCCUUCCCGGUCGCGUCUCGAGUCUCCCGCGCCCCUCGCCCCUCGCCCCGGCUUCUCUCCGAAGCGGGCGGGGCAGGAUCCCACCACCCAACAUCGGGAUCCCGGGAGCAGCGUUUCUCUUAGAGCGAGGCGCUCGGCGACUCGUGCCCCGCCGCCCCUGACCGCCGGGGGGUGCCCCAGGGACGCGUCGCCGCCGAGAGGAGCAGGCAGAGGGGACCAUGCGGCGCCUGACUCGCCGCCUGGCGCUGCCCAUCUUCGGGGUGCUCUGGAUCACCGUGCUGCUGUUCUUCUGGGUCACCAAGAGGAAGUUGGAGGUGCCGCUGGGACCCGAAGUGCAGACCCCCAAGCCUUCUGAUGCGGAUUGGGAUGACCUGUGGGAGCAGUUUGAUGAGCGGCGGUAUCUGAAUGCCAAAAAGUGGCGCGUUGGUGAUGAUCCCUACAAGCUGUACGCUUUCAACCAGCGGGAGAGCGAGCGGAUCUCCAGCAAUCGGGCUGUCCCAGACACACGUCAUAAGAGAUGUUCGCUGCUGGUCUACUGCAUGGACCUUCCCCCCACCAGUAUCAUUAUCACCUUCCACAACGAGGCACGCUCCACUCUGCUCAGAACCAUCCGCAGCGUGUUAAACCGCACCCCGACGCAUCUGAUCCAGGAAAUCAUAUUAGUGGAUGACUUCAGCAAUGACCCUGAGGACUGCAAGCAGCUCAUCAAGCUGCCCAAGGUGAAGUGCUUGCGCAACAGCCAGCGGCAAGGUCUGGUCCGGUCCCGGAUGCGGGGUGCUGACAUCGCCCAGGGCGCCACUCUGACAUUCCUGGACAGCCACUGUGAGGUGAACAGGGAUUGGCUGCAGCCCCUGCUGCACAGGGUCAAGGAGGAUUACACAAGGGUAGUAUGCCCUGUGAUUGACAUCAUUAACCUGGACACCUUCAAUUACAUUGAGUCUGCCUCAGAGCUCAGAGGGGGGUUUGAUUGGAGCCUGCAUUUCCAGUGGGAGCAGCUCUCCCCAGAGCAGAAGGCUCUGCGCCUGGACCCCACUGAGCCCAUCCGGACUCCCAUCAUAGCUGGAGGGCUCUUCGUGAUUGACAAAGCCUGGUUUGACUACCUGGGUAAAUAUGACGUCGACAUGGAUAUCUGGGGUGGAGAGAACUUUGAAAUCUCCUUCCGAGUGUGGAUGUGUGGAGGCAGCCUGGAGAUCAUCCCCUGCAGCCGGGUGGGGCACGUCUUCAGGAAAAAGCAUCCAUAUGUUUUCCCUGAUGGAAACGCCAACACAUACAUAAAGAACACCAAGCGGACAGCUGAAGUGUGGAUGGAUGAAUACAAACAGUACUACUAUGCAGCCCGGCCUUUCGCCCUGGAGAGACCCUUUGGGAACAUUGAGAACAGGCUGAACCUGAGGAAGAAUCUGCACUGCCAGACCUUCAAGUGGUACCUGGAGAAUGUCUACCCAGAGCUCAGGGUCCCCCCAGACUCCUCCAUCCAGAAGGGCAAUAUCCGGCAGAGGCACAAGUGCCUAGAGUCUCAAAGGCAGAAAAACCACGAGACUCCACACCUCAGGCUAAGCCCCUGCACCAAGGUCCAAGGAGAAGAAGCAAAGUCACAGGUGUGGGCUUUCACAUACACCCAGCAGAUCAUCCAGGAAGAGCUGUGCCUAUCUGUUGUCACCCUGUUCCCUGGUGCCCCGGUGGUUCUUGUUCUGUGCAAGAAUGGGGAUGAAAGGCAGCAAUGGACGAAGACAGGCGCUCGCAUUGAGCACAUAGCAUCCCACCUCUGCCUGGACACAGACAUGUUCGGUGAUAGCGCCGAGGACGGCAAAGAGGUCGUGGUCAACCCUUGCGAGUCCUCACUCAUGAGCCAGCACUGGGACAUUGUGAGCUCGUGAGGAACCCCGGGCGGAUCCAGCUGUGGAUCAGGGGUGGUGCUUCCCUGGACCAAAGUGAACUGGAGCCCAGGCUGUGAACAGCCCACAUCUGCACCAGAUGCCCUCGACUGGAGGUAGCGCAAAGGCCCCCAGGACAGGAGCAACUGCCUCAGGGAAGGUGGAGGAAAAGGUGGCGAACCAGCAGGGGCCCAACAACACCCCGACACGUGUGCAAUAUUGGAAAGGUCCAUCCUGGCCAGGUCUUCCGAAUGGGACCUGGAGAUGGAGAGCUGACGGGAAGCGUCUCUUGUGCCCUUUCUUACAAAACAAGGCACUUUGUGGAGGCCGGAGAGAAAGGCUUUCCUUGUCGCUGCGCCAGGACUGCAUGGAGAGAUGAAGAAUGGAGAUGAUGGUUUUUCAGAGCAAAUAAAGUUAACAUUGGAAGUUUUCCUUUGA